AUGAGCAACCCAGAGCCACCCACCGAGCCCCCGGGGGCCAACGCCCCGACCUGGCUGACCCAGCCCACGUACAGCAACCUUGGUGAGGUCCGUGCCCGCCUGCUGCCCUCCCAGGUCUGCUGCCCACGGACAUCUGAGCGCCCCGCUACUGACCCGCAGCCCCUAACCAAGAAGACCCUGACCAGGGCCCAGUCGCUGCCCACCCACAACUGGGCCUCUCCCUCCGCCGCGCUGGAGGCCCGGCAGCUGGAGGGCCUCCGCGCCGUGUACGCCCGGCUGCACGCCCGGCUCCUGGGGGGUCUCCCGGGCCCCUGCCGCCCCGGCCGCCGCUUACGCCUCCUGGACAGCUCGCCCCGCGUGGAGAGCUAGGACGCCCUCUACUACCGCUUGGUGCGGAGGAACAAGGAGGCGUGGCUCCUCCUGGCUGCCAACGUGCCCAAGCCAGGAGCAGACGAGCCCCACCCGUGUGGCCUAGGGCCACAGGCCUCGCUGGCCCGGCAUUUCAACCUCCAGGAGCUGUGUGGUCUGGCGCCCGAGGGCGCACUUCCCGAGACGCCCUGGAGUAGCCCCGUGGCGCUGGCGGCGGAGGUGCCAGAGCUCACAGUGGUCCAGUGGCUUGUGGAGACAGGCGCGCAGCUGCCCGAGGAGUUCGAGGCCGUGGCCCUGCUGCUCCUGCCCCUGGAGCGCCCGGAGGCGCAGGCUGCGGCCCUGGCCGAGCUGCGGCCCGAGAACCUGCUGCUGGCGGCACCGCGGGGCUGCUCAGCCGCCAGGCCCCAGCGCCUGCUGCUGGUGGACUUCGGCUGCGGCCCCCCGUGACCCCCCGGCGCCCACGUGCGGCAGCUGGGCCGCCCACUCCGAGAGCUGCUUGGCCCGGGCACUCCCUUGGCCACGUCCUUGGCCGUGGGCCUGGAGCACCUGGUGGCCCAGCUGGCCCGCGCGCGGCCCUUGGCGGCCGGGAUGCGCGGUGCAUUGCAGGUGCUGCUCUGGGAGCCCGGGCCCGAGCUGCGUGGCCACGGAGCCCCGCUGGGGUCCUGGCUGCGGAUGCGCCACGCGCUGCUGGUCCUGCACCUAGCCUAGCGGGCCGUGGGUGGGGAGGUGCCCAGCUUGGAAGACUGGCUGUGCUGUGAAUACUUGGCCAAGGCCACCGAGGACUCCUUGUACCUCGCCCUGGAGCUGCUGUGGAACUGA